AUGGAUAUGGAUUCCCUUCAAUCGGUACGAGAUGCCGUCAAGUCGUUCCUCUCCAAGAGUGACCGAUUGAACAUUCUUGUUAACAAUGCGGGUAUCAUGGGUACGCCGUACAGUUUGACCAAGGAUGGAUUUGAGCGCCAAUUCGGCGUGAAUCAUUUGGCCCAUUUCCUCCUCACCGUCCUGCUGCUGCCUGCUUUGGAGAAGAGCGCCACAAAAGAACUCCAGUCUCGCGUCGUUAAUGUAUCUUCCUCGUCGCAUCGACACAAUGUUUUUUCGUGGGAGCACUACAACUCCCACCCGAUAAUCUACAACGGCGAAGCUGCGUACGGUCAAAGCAAGACAGCCAAUAUCUGGAUGGCCAAUUACAUCGAACGGGUCUACGGCUCUCGUGGCGUUCACGGCUUGUCGCUUGGUCCUGGUGGCAUCUGGACUGGUUUGCUUACAUACACCCCUAAGAAUAUCGUUGAAGCUUUCCAACAAAGCCCGAACAUUGUGCCCUAUAUGCAAAGCGCCGAACAGGGCAGCUCUACCACCGUGUGGGCUGCGAUUGGCAAGGUGUGGGAGGGUAAAGGAGGAGAGUACCUUGCCGACUGCCGGAUUGCUCCACCUGAGACUGGUGAUUGGUACACGGCAAUGAGCUCAGCUGCGACACCGUGGGUCAAGGGUUGGACCACGGAGGAGGACAGGUUGUGGGUUUUGAGUGAGAAGUUGGUGGGCGAAAGUUCCCCUUGA